CUUCAUAUUUAUGUAGUUCCAAAAAAAAUUCAUGAACACAAAAAUAUUAUGAAUAUUCGGAAAAAUGUUCUGCCCAGGCGCUUGGUGGAUUGGUUGUGUUUUCUCACAAUCGGAAUAUUCCUGCCUAUUAUCUUUAUAUUCGAAAUGGUAAUUGUGUUGCCGGCGUUCCAUGAACCAGGGGGCUUCUUCCACACCUUUACGCUGCUCAUGGGCAUUUUUUUGGUGUUUAACAUCAAGGGAAACAUGAUCGCAUGUAUGAUGGUGGAUACCAGCGUGAACUAUAUGCACCUACAACCACCAACUGAGCCUAUAGAGCUUGAGAAAUGGAUUCAUUGUGCCACUUGCGAUAAACUGGCACCUCCCAGAUCGUGGCAUUGUAAAAGUUGUGGCGUUUGCAUCUUGAAACGGGAUCAUCAUUGCCUAUUUAUGGGAUGUUGCAUAGGACAUUACAAUCAUCGCUAUUUUUUAUGUUUUAUUGUUUACCUAUUUCUGGGAGCGCUGUACGCCCUAGUUUAUAAUUCGAUAUACAUUUGGAUUCUCAAUGGUGCAGUAUUCAGUAGAUGGUUAACUGCAUUGAAAUUGAUUUGCCCAAUGCUUAUGCUGGUAUCCGGCCCGUUCUCGUCCAACAUGUACUUACUUUUUUAUAGUCUCAAUGUAUUGGCGCUUCUAUACCCGACCCUUCUAUUGGGUUACAUGGGGCCCCUUGUCCUUGGAGGGAGGGUGUGUCAUGAGCGCGGUAAAACAUUUAAAUACAAUUAUGGAAUAUGGCAGAACUUAAGGAACAUAUUUGGCCAACGCAUCUUUGCAGUGUGGCUAUCCCCUCUAAUCACAAGUGAGCUGACACAUGACGGCAUCAAUUGGCAGACUGAUCUUCCUAAAGACGCACCAAAGAACAAAUAAGCCAUAGGUGCUAUAUGCAAUAAUAAAUGUACAAAUGACUUACUUUAUUUUUGUGUUCAACUUAAGAAAUAUACAUCCGUGUACA